AUGCGAAGGGAUGUAUUCCUUCGAAUUGUGGAAGCCAUUGACAACAAUGAUGACUAUUUCCAGAUGCGAGAGGAUGCAACAUGUAGAAUGUGUCUUUCACCAUUACAUAAAUGUAAUGUUGCAAUUCGUAUGUUGGCUUUUGGGUCACCAGCUGAUAGUGUGGAUGAGUAUGUGCAAAUUGGUGAAAGCACUAUAGUGGAAUGUUUGGUCAAGUUUGUUACAAGAAUAAACGAGGUAUUUAAGCCAAAGUACUUGAGAAAACCGAACAACCAUGACAUCACACGCCUUAUGGAAAUAAGGGAUGCACGUGGGUUUCCCAGUUCAAAUAAUGACAUCAACGUCCUCAAUCAAUCUGAUGUCUUUAAUGAGGUUUUGCAUGGGCAAGCUCCUGAGGUACAAUUUACAUUGAAUGGAACCACAUAUGACACAUGA